AAUGUCAAACGUCAAACAGCUGUUCUGCCAACAUGGCCACGUUAAGUUGUACGUUUAGUAAAAUAAUAAGAAAAUUAAAAAUUUCACCAGUUUUUACGCGUAAUUUUAGUAAUGUGAGAUUAAAAAGUAAUAGUUUUAAAACUGUUGCGACAUGUGCUUGUGUAAUCGGCGGCGGUUUGGUGUUCUAUGCUGUAAAAAGCUUUGGAAAUAUCGAUACAGUCUACGCUCUCAAAGCGAAGCCCGACGAGUUGUCGAAAUCAGUGAAACUGACGUCACGUGAACGCCGCUUCAUCAAGUUCGCGAGCGUGGAGUACGGUGGCCAGUUGUACAUGACGCCGCAGGACUUCCUAGAGUCAGUCGUCGAACAGGAACCAAGGCCUCGUCUCAAAAGGCGUAUCCUCACGGCCAAGGAGAUCGAACAGCUGCGCGACCACACGCCAGCGUUGAAGAAAGGGUCACCGCAGAUGUUCAGAAACCUUAGGGAUAAAGGAAUAAUUUCAUACACGGAGUAUUUAUUCCUUCUAUCUAUAUUAACAAAACCGGCCUCCGGUUUUCAAAUAGCAUUCAACAUGUUCGACACUGAUGGCAACCAAAGAGUGGAUAAGAAUGAAUUUCUAGUCAUCCAACGGUUGCUCGGUGGUGCGUUUAAGGAGCGUAAGAAUCUGGACCCCAAAAGUCAGGAGGCACUGCUUUCCUUAGUCUCUUCAAGUGCACAGAAGAGCAAGAUGGCCCAAAUCGAAACAGAUUAUAAGCCUUCUACAAUGGAGAAGAUCUUCAGCUUCGCGUGGCGAGGCAAGAGGGGUAUGACAGAGGAUCCGAGCCAAGAUGGCAAGGAGGGAGCCCCACAAGACAACUAUGUGAAUGAUGAACAAGGUCUGCAGAGGAGGCACAACGUGGACACGUUACUGCAGGUUCAUUUCUUUGGAAAGAAAGGCACAAGCGAUCUGAAAUUCGAGGGCUUCAAGCAGUUCAUGGAAAAUCUACAGACCGAGGUUCUUGAACUGGAGUUUCAGGAAUUCGCCAAAGGUCACGAAACGAUAUCUGAAGUGGACUUCGCGAAGAUACUCCUCCGGUAUACCUACCUUGAUACUGACGAGUACGACAUGUACCUCGACCGGCUGCUGGACCGUGUGAAGGAUGAGAGGGGCAUCACCUUCGACGAGUUCAAGACCUUCUGCCAGUUCCUGAACAACCUGGAGGACUUCACUAUAGCCAUGAGGAUGUAUACGCUGGCCGACCAUCCUAUAUCUAAAGAUGAAUUCCACCGCGCCGUGAAGAUCUGCACCGGAAUCUCGCAGUCCGAACACCUAGUCACCACGGUGUUCGCCAUAUUCGACGCGGACGGGGACGGCCUGCUCAGUUACAAGGAGUUCAUCGCCAUCAUGAAGGACAGACUCCACAGGGGCUUUAAGUCAUACGCCAAGAACGAAGGUUGGGAAGCGUUCAAGUCAUGCGUGAAACAAGAGAUGAAGAGUGCUGUGUAAAUGUAAUUAAGGCUUUUUUUUUAUCGCCAAAGUUUAUUGUGUAAUUACUUACUACUGGAUAGUUCAUUGUGUAAUUAAUUUAUAUGAUAAUUUAUCAUUUCUAAUUAGCUCAAACAUAUCGUCGGCGUAAAUGGAAAACUAAAUAAUUAAAUUAUAUAAUUAAAUAAUUAAAUUGAGGCCUACAAAAUCAAAGGCAGCUAGCUAAACGUUAUUAAAUCGAUUUCAUUGUCACUCUUUACUUAAAUAUUUUUCUUAAUUAAAAGUUCUAAUAGUUAAAAUUCAAAUUAUUACUAGUAUUCAAAUUUUUUUUCAAUCUAGUUUCAAAUAUAGAAUAUGUAACACCGAAAUGUAUACGUAUUACGUAUGUAUAGUAAGUACCUACGCCGUGAGAUCCGUCUAAACGUACAGCGCACGCGCCGACCGACCAAUAGCAGCGCGCCUCUCGCGCUUCCAGAAAUUUCGCGGCUAACGAACGAGAGAGUAGUAAGGCGAUGAGUAUUUAUUAUAGUACUGUUUCUUGUUAAGUUUUAUUUUAAGACACACAAUUUCAUAAUAAAUAACGUGUUCCCCCGUUACAAAUAUAGUUCCAUAUCUUUGACAAAAUAUUAGUUUUCUUUUUUUAGUUUCCUUAAAAUUUUACAGACUUGGAUUUAGCUGUCUUUGAUUUUAUAUUUUAUAGGCCUCAAUUAGACUAGUUGUAUCCCAUGGAUUUGCACGCAUGAAUCACUAUAUAAAAUAUCUUAUAUAUAACCUAUCCGUGUACCAAAAUUAAUUCAAUUCCGCUCAAUCAAUCAAUCAAAAUUUACUGGGUACAGAGGAAUAACACCUGAGUCCUCAGUAAUGGCAACGCAUGGGGGGUAUCAUGGGCGAAACAGUACACUCUGUUAUGUCCAGUCCAUGGUGCUGCUCGUGUCUAUAGGCGGUGGUUACCACUUUCCAUCAGGUGGGUCGUCAGCUUGUUUGCCAUUCUAAGUCGUAUAAAAAUAUUUUUUUUCCAAUUAAUCUACUUACAAGCGGUAUCGAAGCUUUAAGUUUCAGGAGAGAUUUUGCCUCACUCUGCGUAUUCUACUGCUUGUACAACGGACUGUGUUUAGAGGAAUUGUUUAAUAUGAUGCCCACAGCCAUUUUCUACCAUCGUAUAGCUCGCCAUCGACAGGGAGAUCAUCCCAUACCUUAGGGCCUGAAUGGUCGCGUACAGCGUGAUUUCAGAUAUGUUUCCUCCCAUGAACGCUCAGGUUAUGGAUAGAGCUCCCUGUCGAAGUUUUUUCAAGAAACUAAAACAUGGGUUCCACAAAAAAGGGGUAAAGAGGUUUCUUCAAGGUCAGCAACGCGUAUUACUAUGAAUAUAGGCUACAGUAACCGCUUACCAUCAGGUGGGCCGUAUGCUUGUUUGCCACCUCAGUGGUAGAAAAAAAAAUCUGUUUUAUGAAUCAUCAUAAUUUAAAAAUUAUAAUAAUUUUUUGCUCGUGAUAUCAAAUUGAAAAAAGGAUUUAGAGAAAUGACACGUCGGUAUCGACCCCUAUUCUUACAAAUAUACAUAUUAACUGUGUUUUUAUUACUAUGGGCAGUAAAAUUAUUAUUAAUUAUGAAAUUACAUAAUUAUGAUAUAAAAUUAAGGAUAAAAUAGUAAAUCGCGCUUCUCUAUAAACUACAAAAAUUAAAUUACUGUUUUCGCCAUCUACGCCAACGAAAUACGUCGUUUAUAGUUGAUUUUUCUCACAAAUCUAAUCUAAAUUAAGAUAUUCAUAACUUCCUUGCACUUUCCCUACCUCUCGUAGUUUAGAAAUACAUAAAUAAUAUAUUUAAUGCACAAAUAGUGAGAUUUUUAUGGUUGUUUAUUUAUUAAUUUGCUAUUAACAUUGAGCUUGUGAAGGUCUCUGUACACUACCUUAGAUAGAGUAUUCAUUAUGUAAGAGCCGAUCACAAAUAAACGAUCUAGUCUUAUUUACCAGUGCAUAGAGGCCUUUUUGAUGCAGUGCUUGUGAUUUUUAGUGUAAAAAAAAAAUAUUUAUCAAUUAUAGUAGACUUACGAUCUCAUACAAAAUCUGACGUAAUGGCCUAUUCAUAAAAAAGCUGUUUGAUAAACUUAUUAUAAAAAGUUUUUGUUUGUGUAACUUGUUAUGUCCGUAUCUUUAGUUUCUUUCAAUAUAACUGUAUGAAAAUGUAAAAGAAACGAACUGGCCUGACCACAAGCCAAUAUGCUAUUGCCCAAUAGCAAUGCAAAUAAAACGUCUAUAAUUUAGCUUUAAGGUUUAGAUUUUUUUACCAAUUUCAUUUAAAGAAAAUUUGGCUGUUUUUUAUUAAAUUCUAUUGAAACAAAACAUAUAUACAAUCGCCACUGCUGAUUCGUUAUUAAUAUCGAAUCGAUACUUACGAUUUGUCAAAUCGAUUAUUAAGAACUCAACACAAAAUAAUUAUUUAAAAAUAAAUCAACAAUAUAAUUGUUUUAUAAAACGAAUCAUAAAUAAUAUCGAUCGAUUAUAAUUUAUGGUAAUGAUUUAUGACUUUAUUAAAUUAUGAUUUAUGACCUUUUAAAGAAAUAAUAAUACCACAGUGUAAGAAACAACCAGUGGUCGAACGUAUAUAUUGUAUAACUGAUAGAAGAGAGUUCUUUAGACUGUGAUAAAUACCAUAGAGAACUAUAUCGGUUUUUAAUUAAUAAAACAUCUGGACAUAAAAUGUUAUUUGUUAUAAAAAAAUCUAUUAAGUUUUAAUGGCAUCGAUAUAAAAUAUAAAAUGACUAAUCGAUUAAUUCAACGAAAUAACUAGCUAAUAUCUUUUGUGAAGAAUGAACGUAGUCAUGUGGUGCCAUCUAUGUUGAUUUUUAUUGGCGUCCUAUAGCCGUACUACCAAAUUACAUUUUAAUAUCUCUUAUAAUAAUUGUUACUUAAACGUUCGCUAGUCAUUUUUAUGUGUACAAAUAUAAUUUGUUACUUUAUAGUUACCAAGAAUUUCGAAUAAACUUAUAACUAUUUGUAUGAUACAAUCAUUCAUGUCUCU